AUGGCGGACGUUAGAGAAGCAACCUACCCGCCCGUCCAUGCUUUCGCCGAGGGCAACCCCCCGGUUGAGACCAUGGGGGAUGUCAAGGAGGAAGUCAAGGUCGAGGUUGACGAGGAGGAGGAAGAGCUCGACCUCUACAGACCUCUUCCCAUGGACCCCAACCUGCGCAAGGAAGAGCACAUUCUGACUUUCCGUGCCAUCGCCGUUGGUGUCGUCCUCGGUUCCCUAGUCAAUGCCUCGAAUCUGUAUCUCGGUCUCAAGACCGGUUUCACCUUCUUGGCUAGCAUGUUCGGUGCUAUCUUUGGUUACGGUAUCGUUGGCUUCAUUGCCAAGGCCGCUGGUGACCUCCCCUUCCUCGGCGGUCCAUUUGGACCCCAGGAGAACUCCAUUGUCCAGGCCGCUGCUACCGGAGCCGGUGGUAUCGCUGGUAUCUUCGUCGCCGGUAUCCCUGCCAUGUACCAGCUCGAACUGAUGGACGGCCGUUCUCCCAAGGAGGACAUUGGCAAGAUCUUCACCAUCACCAUUGUCUGCUCCUUCUUCGGUCUGUUCUUCGUCACACCCCUCCGAAAGUUCUUUGUCAUCCAGGUCGCUCGUGAGCUGAAGAUGCUUUUCCCGACCCCAACUGCCACUGCCAUGACUAUCCGCUCUAUGCAUGCCGGUGCCGCUGGUAGUCUUGAGGCCAUGAAGAAGCUGAAGGCUUUGAUGAUCACCUUCAGCCUGGCUAUCUGCCACCGUGUUGGCUCAUACUAUGCCAUCGGCAUUCUGUACGACUGGCACUUCUUCACGUGGUUUCACAUCUGGUCUGGCUACCACAGCUGGGCACUGAAUAUUGAGUCUUGGGGCUGGUACAUGGAAUGGACACCCGCCUUCAUUGGCUCCGGCAUGCUAAUUGGUCUCAACUCGGCCAUCUCCAUGUUCAUCGGUUCCUUCCUUGCCUGGGGUCUGAUUGGACCCGUUCUCGUUCACUACGGCGAGUGCAUUGGAAAGCAGGCCUCUGAUGACCCGCACUGGGACAGCCUGUAUAGCUUCAUCAGCCUGAAGAACCUCGGUAAAGAGACACCGUCCCCUCGAUACUGGCUCCUGUGGCCCGGUGUUAUGAUCAUGGUGUGCUGCUCGAUGGCCGAGCUGUUUGUUCAGUACAAGGUUAUCUGGAUUGGCAUGAAGGCUGUUUGGCACCAGAGCUGCGUCGGCAUAAACGGCAUGCUCCAGAAGCGCGGGAAGAACGUUGACUUCUUCGCCAAGCACGCCAUUGUCGACGAGAAGCGCGAGAAUAUCGUCGAGGACCCCGCACGCCCUGAGGAUCAAGUCAAGACAUGGGUUUGGAUCGUCGGUCUCAUUGCCACCAUCGUCCUCGCCAUCCUCAUUUUCCACUUCCAGUGGGAUAUGCACCCGGGUCUGACUAUCCUGUCCUGCAUUCUCGGCUUCCUCUUCUCCUUCCUCGCCAUCCAGAUCGGUGCCGUCACCGACCAGACCCCUCUCACCGCCGCCUCCAAGGCCUCACAGCUCGUCAUCGGUGCCGCCACCUCGGGCUCCCACUUCUCUAUCAAGCAUGCCCAGAAGAUCAACUUGGUUGCCGGUGGUCUCGCCUCAGGUGGUGCUGAUGUUGCCACUUCUCUGACUGGUGACUUCCGAACUGGCUUCCUUCUAGGAACCCCUCCAUUCAAGCAGUGGAUUGCUCAGGCUAUCGGUACCUUCGUCUCUGUCUGGCUUGCACCAGGCAUGUUCGUGCUGUUCACCACUGCAUACCCCUGCAUUAUCGACACCUCGUACGAGCACUGCCCCUUCGCAGUUCCCUCCGUGUCUGCUUGGGCUGCUGUGGCUCAAGCCGUUACCGAUCCCGCCGUCCACAUCCCUCUGUCUUCGGGUAUUUUCGCCAUCGUCAUGGGUGUUGUCUCCAUCAUUCAGGUCGUUGUCCGUCACUACUAUCUCGUCGGCAGCCGUGAGAAGUACCGUGAGUGGCUUCCCAACUGGGGUGCCAUUGCCCUGUCCUUCGUCAUUCCCCUCCCUGUCUUCACCAACGCUGCUCUCUUCGGCGCCAUCAUUGCUGCCGUCUGGCGCAAGUGGAAGCCCAAGAACUGGGAGAUUUAUGGCUAUGCCGUCGCAGCUGGUGCCAUCGCUGGAGAGGGUCUGGGUGGUUUCAUCGGUGCUAUCUUGACCAUCGCCGGAGUCGACGGAGGUGUCUAUGGCACAAACAUCGGAUGCCCUGACUUGUCUUGCUAG